AUGGUCUCAGCAACCCCUACUAAAAUGGAAUAUAGAUACCUCGGUAAUUCAGGACUCAAAGUGUCAGUGUUUUCAUUUGGAAACUGGCUUAACUCAAAUAAAAAUGAGAACUACGAGAUUACAAGAGAUGCCAUCAAAGUUUGUUUCGAAAAUGGAGUCAACUUCUAUGAUACUGCUGAGGUUUAUGGCUUCGGAGAGGCUGAGUCUCAAAUGGGAAAAGCAUUCAAAGAACUUGGAUUAAGAAGAGAAGAUCUCGUUGUCUCAACCAAGCUUUUCAAAGUUAGUAUGACUGGUAUCAAUGACACUUUCCUUUCAAGAAAGCAUAUCGUUGAAGGUCUUAAGAAUUCUCUGAAGAGAUUGGAUAUGAGCUAUGUUGAUGUUGUUUUCUGCCACAGACCAGAUUAUGAUACUCCAUUAGAGGAAACUGUCAGAGCAAUGAGUUAUGUUAUUGAUUAAGGUUUGGCCUUCUACUGGGGAACUUCAGAGUGGCCAGCUGAUAGAAUCUCAAAAGCAAUCGAACUUUGCGAAAGAUUGAAUCUCCACAAACCAAUCGUAGAACAGCCAGAGUACAGCAUGCUAUGGAGAUCUCCAUUCGAGAAGAAUUUAAGAAGAAUAUUUGGAGAGUACAAAUACGGAAGUACUAUUUGGUCUCCACUUGCAGGUGGUCUACUAACUGGAAAAUACAAUGAUGAUGUCAUUCCAGAAGGAAGUAGAUAUAGUGUCCAUGGAAAUUACUUAAAUCACAUUUGGACUAAAUGGAUGUCUGAUGAGAAGAAAGAAUCUACAUUGAUUAAGCUCAGAGCUCUAGGAGAACUUGCCAAAGAGCUUGGCUUCACUCAAGCUCAACUUGCUCUAGCUUGGGCUAUCGCCAACAGAGAUGUCUCAACUUGCAUCCUUGGGUUUACAAGAAUUGAAUAAGUAUCUGAAAAUCUUAAAGCCCUUGAGCUCUACUAAUAAUGGAAUGAUGAUAUUGAGAAAAAAGUAAGAGAUAUUUUAGGCAACGACCCUGAGGUCGAUAUGGACUGGAGAAGAUGGGCUCCAAUGCCAUUAAGAAGAGAUGAUGCACUAAAAGCUCAAAGAUAAUGA